AGUAAGACUCCAGCGGCGGCUCUUCAGCGGAGCUCCACACACACUCUCGCCCACAGACACGCGUUAAAUCCGCCUUUUCCACCGGAGACUCGACGGAAAACACAGCGAGCGCGACCUAUUUUCCCUCCGAGCAGCGCGGAGGAAUAACGCGGCCGGAGAGAGCAACACGUAUCCGGUGGGAUUUGAGUCCUGAGAGGCGAGAGUUUGGCCAGAAGUGGAAACAGACGCGAUUUUCCGCUUUCACGAGCGAAGACUGAGGAAUUAUGAGGAACCUUUGGAUGAUUUUAACCCUCGGCUUGACAGCCUUUCUCUCCGGGGAGCGGAUAUCAGUGUCUGCGGCCAAAUCUCCCUCCACGACAGACGACCUGUACCUGGAGGAGGCUGGAUCUGGAGGAUACCCUGAAGAUGAUGAUGAUUUCAGCUCCGGAUCGGGAUCAGGAGCCGGAGAGGUUAUUGAAGAUCCCGUCACAGUAAACACACUGUUCUUCGUGCCUAAAGCAGAGCCCACGCAGGACUCCACCAAAGACUUCACACCGAAAGUGGAGACAGUGACGUCACAAGACGCCCCCAAAGACUCGAAGAAACGCAGGAUAGAGGUUGCAGUUCCCGUCACAGAAGACUCUCGCAGAAACCCUGUCACCAGCACCACCAGCAUCCCUCGACCUCCCAUGGAUCCCCAAGACGUCCAGUCAGAAAAUCUUUUCCAGAGGACAGAAGUUCUGGCAGCUGUGAUUGCAGGAGGAGUGAUCGGCUUCCUCUUCGCCAUCUUCCUCAUCCUCCUGCUGGUUUACCGCAUGAGAAAGAAGGACGAGGGCAGCUACGAUCUGGGAGAGAGGAAACCGUCCGGAGCGGCCUAUCAGAAAGCUCCCACCAAGGAGUUUUACGCAUAAAAUGACUUCAAUAUCAGUGACUACGACAAACUCCUUCUGCAUUAUUAAAAGAAAUGAUUGAGGAAAAAAUAAAUAACAUUAAGGAAA